CUUGAGCAUUGCUUUGGGAACGGUGAUGCAACUAUGUUGGUUGACUUUUAACUGUUCUCUUGAUUAAACAUUCAAAUAUUUGUCCGUGAUGACUUUCUCAACCUUUGGAAUGAGAAUACUCUUUCACAGUUUUGUCUUUCACAUGAAAGGGGAAACAUUCAUCAGUGUAUUUCCAUUGGCAACCGUGUAUUAUAUCGAUUAAACACCUUAUUAUGUCAUUAUUUAAACUUCGUGAUAUUUGGUCAACUCAGGUGAAUAGAAACAGUUAUGAAGAUGAAUUCUGUUUGAAAUUAAGUCCAUUGCACAAUUUGAAUAAAUCUCAGUAUUUCAUUCUUGUUGGAACUUUCUCUGGUAUUCUAUCGAUCUUUCUACCUCGAGCUAGAGAAUGUGCCGCUGCUGCCGAUGGUGAUGAUGAUUUACUCUGUCAGUCACAACACUGUGAAGAUUUAUGUCUUGAAUACAACGUCGAACAACCUAUACUCUCAAUUGAUUGUGGUCGCCUUGUCACAGAAGUGGGCAGUCCAUAUCAACAGAUUGCAAUUCUUCAUCCACAAAUGUUAUCCGUAUACAACUUGACAAAGUCUGACAGCUCAGCUGAUGAAGACACGAAAUGCCCUGUCACCUUUUCAUUUGAUUCAUGGAAAUUAACCAAUCUUAUCAAUCAUAGAAUUGAAAAGAAUUCAUUUAAAAUGUUUCUUGGCAAAUUUAUUGAACACAUUCAAACAGAUGUGAUUUGUGUACAGAUGAUUGAUGCAUCGUUUUGUUUUUAUACUUUAUCAGGAGUACUGUUUAACAUAGUCUUGCCAGGCAUGCUUAUUAUACCAGGCCCUGUUGUUUUUCUUCAGUGCAACUAUACAAUGUUGACAAGUGCUUCAAGAAGCGUGUACUGUUUCAGUUUUACGCCUUCAAUUGGUGAAGACACCUCCUAUAUGCCAUGUGAUGUAAAUAAUAAUAAUAAUAGUAGUAAAAAUAUUCUAUUAAAUUGGUCUAUAGUUUUAGAAGAACCAAUAUUUAGUAUGGAGAAGAUUGAAGCAACAAGUAUAAGUGGGAGGCAUUUCCCCUUGUCGUAUAUUAUUGUUUUGGGUAGAAGACGGAUUAUUCUACUUUCAGAAUCUGGUUGUGUUUUGUUUACUCGACAAAUUGAUAUUCCACCGAAGCAUUUAUGUAUAUAUGGAUAUGCGGAGGUGGAUCCGCCUACUUCACAUGAAAACCCAUCAGUUAAUGAUAAUGUGAAAGCCAUGCCCACUUGGAAGCCACGUUUUCUAGUCACAACAGAGAAGAAUCAAUUGCUUGUAUUCAAAGGUAUAGAGAUAUUAUGGUCAGCAUUACUACCAAUAGGUUCACUUCACUGUUCUAUACCAAUAUCUCCGUUGGAUUCAUUCAAAUGUGGGGGAAAUACCCUUCCAACAGUAGGCAUAAACUUCCCACCGGGUUUGAUUGUUCUACUCAAUUCAAAUGGUCGACUUACUCUCUCCUAUCUUGGUACAGAUCCAUCGGAUUCAGUUGUUCCAAAUAUUUUAAAAACAAUACCUUAUAAAAAUGGUAAUAAUAAUAAUAGUAGUAGUACAAAUAUCGAAUUAAAUUCCACUAUCCAGGACCAAUUAACUAAUGAAAAUUUUAAUAAAGAAAUGAAUCAAUUGAAUGAACGGAUCAAUAAUUUAAUGAACACUAGUCAGUCAUCGUCUGCAUUACUUUCUAGCAAUAUUCAGCAUAAAGACAAUCAAGUUGAGAGCAACUGUGUUCCAAAACUGAAAGCAAACAUUCGUCUACCUUCAGAAUCAAUCAAUAAUGAUCAAAUUUGUUUUAUUGAUAUAAUUAUUGAAUUUCCUAAAAAGUAUGCUAGGAAACAAUUUACAUCUGUUCAUCUUUUAACUUAUUCCUGUCCACCAGUUGUAAUAAAUCCUAAUUAUAUUGAAAUUUCAAAUCCGCGCAAAAAUCAUGAUUUUGUUUUAAUGAAUCAAAUGCCUAAUUCACAUAGACAUGCGUACACGGUAACAUGUAACAUUGGAAAUAUUGAUAAUAAUAAUGAUAACGAUGAAGUAGACGAGAAUGCAGGGAGGUCAUUUCAACCUCCAUUAGAUAUGGUUGUGAUAUUAAUGCUUUAUUAUACUUUUACAUACACGAAAACUGAUCACAGUGAUAAUAAUAAUAGUAAUGAUAGCAGCAGCGUUUCUGGUGAUACUUCAUCUGUCUCUACUCAUUCCAUCUCAAAAUGUGUAAAACGAUGUAUAAAACUCCCUUUAAAUCUAUGUGCGACUUCUACUGUAGUGGAUAAACAUCAGGUGGAGGGAAGAUUUUCACUGUAUUUUCAAUUAUUAACGAAGUGUAAUAAUAAUAAUGAUUCAAAGAAUAUACAUCUAUCAAAUUUGUUUCCAAAUUUAUCGCCAAAAAAUUAUACUACUGAUUUAAAUGAUAGUAGUAAUGUGAAAAGCAAGAAAGAUAAUAAAACAAUGCGUGUUUCAUUUUGUGAAUUUAAAAACCCCGUUAAAUUUGAUUAUUGUGUGUAUAUUUCAGUAAACUGCAAAAAAUCUCUACUUAAACUACAGAGUAAUUAUUCUGAGAUAUUUUGGCCAAUUUUACAAGAAUUAAUCUACUACAAUACCUUUACAAAGAAACAUAAAAAUGAUUGUUUGAAUGGUGGCAGUAAUUUUUUCCCUGAUAACGAUUAUCUGCAUAUCGUAUUGUAUAGGAAAAAUUCCCCGGAAGAUAUGAACAAACAUCACAUUGCGGGAGGAGCAUCCUUGUCAGUGUUCAAUGAGUACGCUUCUCAAAUUGAACCACUCUUCAAUCAAUUAUCUGCUAAUUUAGAGGAUCAUGUAAAGAAACGGAUAGAAUUAGUUGAGGCGAUCGUUAAACUUACAGUACAAACCAAACACUUUCGUACUGUACAAGGAGAAGUUAUCAGUAGGAUCAAGAAUAGUCUGCCGAAUUGUUUAAAUGGAUUUGAUUUAUUACUGAAGAGGGAUUUAAAUAAUUUAUUGAAUAUUUGUGAUUUACUUGAACACCUAACAGGGGAACAUUUCCAGUCUGGUAUCUCUGUUAUAUCGCUGAUUGUUUUAUUAAGUUUUCUGUGUUUAUUUUGCAUAGAUUCAUCUUCUCAAACCGGGUCAUCUGGUUUUCCUUUAAGCUGUAAUCUAUCAAGUGUAGAGAAUUAUUUAGCUGUGUUAGAGCCAGCAAGUUUGGUCAGUCUGUUGAAUUCAACUGCGCUGUUAGAAAAUAUUCGAGGUACAGAGUUACCAUCUGAAAUGUCUGCAGGAAACUACCAUUUAGGUCUUGAAGAGUAUUUACAAGCAAAAAUCAAUUACCUUUUGGAAAUUAUUCAACUAAAGAAGGAAAAAACUGUGAAUGGUGAGAUCAGGAUGCCUCCGAUAGACGGCGGAGAAAAGCGGCAUUUAGGUGAUAAUCCAUUCGCGACUGUAAAAUCUAUUCAUGAACAAUUUUAUCAACUUUGUAAAUGUUUUACUUCUUGUAAUUAUAAAGAUAUAAUUCUGGCUUCCUCUGCUCAAUGACGUUAAAGUCGUAAUUUUUCUAAAAUAAAUCAGUUUGUUUUGUUUGAAUGACACGUCCU